CACACGAUGGUACGCAAAUGAGGCAGACUGAUCGGCAAUCAAUGACUGAAAGACUAUACAUGUGGGAUGUGUUGAAAGGUACGAUUUACAUGCUGAAAGCAAAUGCAAUGAUCGGGAAUCACAGUGGGAGUAAUGACAACAAAAAUCUGACAGCAGGGAAGUGACGGUUACCAUGGAAACAAAGAUGGCGGCUCCGCUUGAAGGCGUGGAUCGAGGGUGGGCUUGGAUGGUCCUAGCCGCGUGCUUCCUGUCUAAUGUCAUGAAUGCCUAUUUUACUUACGCUGCCGGAGUUCUUAAUGUCGCCCUUCUCGCGAAGUUCAACGAGAACGUUGCUUUCACGGCCCUGGUAGGGUCUGUGUUCGCCAGCCUACUAAGUCUCACAGGACCGAUAUCGAGUUCCCUAGUGACCACGACGAACUGCCGGGUCACACAUCUCAUUGGUUCAGCCUUGGUCUUUAUAGGGUUCUCGGCCAGUUAUUUUGUCACCAGCCUUAACGUCCUUUUGGUCACCUACGGCAUUUGUGCAGGAUCUGGAACAGGACUGGUAGCAGCCUCUAUUUUGAUUAAGCUGGGAUACUCGUUCGAUCGUUACCAAGGUAUCGCGGUGGGAGUGGCGGUGGCCGGAAGUGGUCUAGGGAUGUUCCUUAGCGGACCUCUCACCCAGUUCUUACUCGACACAUAUUCACUUAAUGGAGCUUUCCUCUUUCUUGGUGGACUUAGUACUCAGGGUUUUGUCUUUGCGAUAAUUAUGCGACCAUGUGGUAGAGAGUUAUUAGAAAAGGCAAAGCGAGACGAGUCUAAUACUGGUGGAUUUUUUAAUUCGUUCGAUUUCAGUAUAAUCAGGAAUACGACGUUUAUGGUGGUGCUAUUCUCUAAUGUACUGUGGAAUCUCUCGUAUUCUAUUCUUCUGGUCCAUCUUACUAACUUUGCAGUCACGGAAGGAUCAACUCCCGCAGAAGGGGCGUGGUUGAUAACAAUGAUCGGCGUAGGGAGUAUAUUCAACCGGAUCCUGACUGGACUCUCACUAGGGAAGAAGCACGGACUGGACCCGUUACUUAUGCAGUUUGGGUUUCUUGGAUUAUCAGGGCUUAUUACUGUGAUAUUCCCACUAUUUUCAGGAACCUACAAAGGUCAAUGUGUUUUCGCUGUGAUAUUUGGUUUCCAUAGUGGAGGGAUGAUCACCCUUAUUACCCCCCUUGUCGUGCAUCUGGCUGGCGUCUCCCAGGUGGCAGCAGGUGUCGGCGGAAUGUACUUGUCAUCAGGGAUCGGCGGUAUUAUCGGUCCGCCAUUGGCUGGUGCCAUAUAUGACUCGUGGGAGACCUAUGAAUACACGUUUUAUCUCGCUGGUGCCUUAUUUAUACUGGCUGCGUUCUUCGUAUUGAUAUCAGCUAUAUGGAGAAAUGAACUUGAAGAAGAAGUUGAACACCUUGAUAUCAAAGAAAGUAAUAUUCUUGGUGGUUCCGCCUUGUUUCUGGCCGGUUCGAUGAGCCACCUGGCCGAUGGAGCAUCACCCAGCAUUGCGCGUCGGACCAUGGGACAUUCGAAACAUUCUCUCCUUUUGGAUGACGUUCUUCGAACAUCUCAUGUAUCUAUUCACAGGUGCGAAUUUCACAAAGCAGAGGCCGAGGAGGGGUAACAUCAGCCAUUACAUUACAGUAACCUCACCGACAAUUGAUUCAGGUUGAUUUGGAUCUUGUUUUAGACUAGCGACAGAUAUCGCAUCUCAUUGGCCUGUGCAUGUGUUUUGUUGCACAUCACCUCGUCAAAAUAAAAAUAAAACGAUUACCGAUAUCGUGGUACCUUAAUUAGAAGAAACGUCGUUAUUUGUGAUUAAUUUGUGAAUGCCCAGUAACAAUCGUUGUCUUAAAUUACAUGUAUCAGUCAUUCUAGGUACAACCUCUUUUCGUAGGUCCCUGACCAUCUGUAUCAGUGUGAGGGAUUGGUAUGUUGCAGAAAUCAUUGUUGUUUUGCUAUACAUGUUCAUGAUUAUGACAAUCAUUAAAUUAAAGCAAGGAUGAGGAAACCUAAAGUACAGCCAGCAGAUAUACUGAGAUUAAAAAGUGUUAUAUUUCUUUUAAUUCAUUGUAAUAUUUUCGAAGUUCUUUUUUCAAGUUUUACUCUCUUUAAGGAUGGAUGAUCUUAAUAACACAAGAGGUGAUUUUUAUCUCUGCAAUUUAUCUCCAUGGAAACGCUGCUGUGUCUAUUAAUACAGAUGUGCUAAAUUACGUAGUUCAAAAUUUCAGUUCGAAUCAUUUUAAAUGAUUAAAUAAUUAAUAUUCUUAAAUACCAUUUUCUUUACACAUUAACCAAGUUAUUGAUGAGACAAAAUGUAUCUGUUUCAUAAACAGUUCUAGUCCAAGAACAUUUUAAGCAAUUCCGCAGUGCCAAAUAUACAGUUUUAAUGCGUGCAUGUUUGUAGUGUUAAAAUUAUCUGUUAAGGUGCGUGGUGCUUUAUGUCUUAUUUCAUGGGUUUCAUCAGUGCUCUUUAAGACUUUUUUCUCUUUUUUUGUUGUGUGUAGUUAUAUCCUUACGCUGAUUCUCACUGUUAAAUUGUUUGUUACUACCAGAUAUGUGUUUCUUAAAUGUCCUAAAGUGUCUAAUAUAAGUGCUCCUUGAUUGUUACCUUACGUACAAGUGUUUAGAUUGGUUUCUAAAACAUUGAUAUAUUUGAUUGUGAAAUUGAGAUGCAUUUUUCGAUAGUACUUUUGUUAUUGUGUGUAGGAACCCUUUACUGUCAGGAACAGUUAUACAAGUAAGUUUGUCAUUAUAAGCAUUCAUGAAAAAUUGUUUCGACUGUCUAAUGUGGAACGAGACAGUAUAAAUAGGAUAACAAAGCGUUGUCAGUGUAUCCACUAUGCGCUACUAUUGAGAUAUAGCUAGUAGUUAAAGGAGCAUUACUCUGUGUUGUUCUUGUUAUCAAGAGAUUGCAUGGCAUUAUUUAGUACAAAACAUCAGGGAUCGGUUCUACUGAAAGUUCAAGGAAAGUUAUCUAGACAACAAAACCAAAGGUAAACAAGAGGACACAUGGUCUUUCCAUGUUUGAAGGUCUAGUGUGUUAUAAUGACGACCAUAUAUCACUGAAAUGUUUUAAUGCAAGGACGGCAAAUAGUACAAAAAACAAAUCAAAAUAAACCGGUUGUGACAUGGUUUGCAUGGUGAAAAUUGAAAAAAAUACAAGUUUAAGGAUAGAAAGACCUGGUGAUCUGGACGAGUAAGCGUCUUCCGCUUCACCGGUUACACCCGCAAUUAAAAUCUAGGUAAAAUCUAGUCAAGUCACGUCCCAUAAGCGAAACAAGGAAAGUGACAACGAAACAGACCACACUGAGGAGUAAAUGAAAAUCGUACAGAUUCAUCUUGUACAAGGAAACAAAUUAUUUCCAAAUGAAAGUAUGAUCCUGAUGAAAACAAUCCAUGAAAAACGGCGUCCGCCCUUCAACUGAUACGUAACAUGAAUUGCAUUUUUCCGUCGCUGACUCAUUCUUAUAAUGCCAAGUAACCAAACAAAAGUUUUGUUUUGUAAUAACUGCCGAGUUCUGCUUUUCCAGGUUACUGGCAUUUAUAACGUAAAUAAUAAUAAAAAGGUAAAUAAUUCCUAAGUAAGAAUCGCUUUUCAUUUGCCUUUAACCUUUAGUUGCCUCAUAAAACUUUGAAAUAACACUCAACAUGUCCUAAAAACAAAGUUAAGAUAUUUCACACGGUGCUAAACAUGGAUUCGUCACAUUAACAUUGAAUCACUCUGUUGUGUAUUUAUCAAUCUGGGUUAACACCAAGAAAAGUAUGCGGGUCAUUUCACUGUAUGCAUGUUAAUCGGUAUCUACGUGUGUGUUAAGUCUAGUUAUAACUGGUAUAAUGUUUUCAUUGAUGUUCUAUGCUACCCUCUUGCUGAUCAUAAGAUUCAAUUCUAUGUCGUUCCUAUUAUAUAAGCGUGUCCGGUUGUUUUCAAAAGCAGUGUUUUUGGGUAAUGGGUAAGGGAUAAGAUGUCAUCUGUAUUAAACAACAUUGUAACUUCGUCAUUAAAUGCAGCAUGAGAGACACAAACUAGAUUAUAUAAUGAAAAACUCGAAAAGCUUAUUAAAGAAAAAAUGUUGUCUUAUAAAAUGUUGUUGUAUGGUGUAGAUUUUGGUAUCCUAUAUUUUUCAGUCGGGUAUAGAAUUAAGUUAAACUGUAAUUAGCUUUGGGUUAGAAAAACAACUGACAAUGAUUAUAUUACAACAGAAAUAGUCGAACUACGAAUUUUAAAAAGAACAACUUUAUGUUUCAAGUUUUUGUUACCUCUGCCGAUGUGUAUAUUUCGUUUUAUUCUCAUCUAGUAUAAGCAUACUUACAAUGUUUUUUUUUUUAUUUAUUUUUUGGAGAGGUUAUACAUUAGUCUAGUUCACACUUAUCUAUUUAUACAUAUGCAGAAUCUCAUAUCAGAACAACAGUUUUGUUCAAAUCCUGGUCAUAAUCAUACCUAUUUGUAUUAUUUUAUGUUGUUCACUUCAGAGAUUGUUUUUACAUGUAUCUCAUUCCAAAAUAUUUUUCUUUACAUGUUUGCACGAUUACAUUAUUUUUUCAAUGUUGUAAUGUGCUUUUUUGCUUAGUUGUUAUGCCUAUAUUAAUGUAUCUGAUCAGCAAUUAUCAAUGUCUACUGCUACCAAAGCGGUUCCACGGUCUUACGACUGUGAUACAUUAAAAUAUCUGUUGUUGAAACUCACUUAUUGCUAAAAAAAUUAAACAAACAUGUUGGUAUUAUGAUGGUAUAUGUCACGAAGAUGAGAACAUGUCGGAAACAUAACCACUGAAGGUCAAUACAUGUUCUUUUUUCAGAUAUUGUGAAAUCCCGAGGAAUAUUUAAUGUUUUUUGUCUUACUUUUAAGAUAGCGUGAUCUAUUUAAUAGGGGUAUAAUUUUGGGACAGCUCUUUGGAUGCAUGUAUUAUUGGGGACUCAUGUGUAGUCUGCCAUUCAAUUGCUCAAGAUUAUUGACCGAUGGAAACGUUGCGAAAUCGCCAACGUCGAAGAAUUUUGUAUUAGUGCUAGAUUUGUUAGGGAUUGUCAUUUCAUGAAUACAUAGCGAUUUGUUACCGGACAUAUUGUACUAGUAGUCAGUUGUUUCCGCUCAAACGUACUAUGUAUCUAUGUGCAAUUCGGAACAAUACCCAGUAUGUAUUCUUUUUUUAUUGUGACUCAAUCAUUUAUUUGGAGUAUGUUUUCACAUAUGUUAAUCUCGGAUUAUCUAUUGUUGGAUAUUUCUAUAGCGAGUGAAUUUCAAUUACAUUAAAUUGAUACACGAAAUAUGUUUAUAUAAUUAUGCUAACCAUACAUACUUUACGAAUAAAUUGCAUAAACAAUUAAGAGAAACCAAUGGAGGAAUGUCACCUUAGGUUGGAUGCUGCAGCAUUUGACAUAUUGUGUGAUAUUUACGGAAAUAUACAAUCAGUUUAAAUCUCCCGAAAUUACAACGAAUUUAAGAUAUAGGAAAUAAGAAAUUUAUAUCAAGAAUCGCAAUAUUGAAGAAGUUUUAUAGAUGUUCAGUUUUAACUAUCUUAUUUGGUAAGUCAAGUUAUGUCUACGUUAUUGUUUGAUACAAUGAACGUACUGGUAAUUUGAUAAUGCUGCUUUGCUCUGAUGGUAAAUACUUAGUAAAGGAAACGUGUAAAAUAAAAUGGUUUACAUGGUGCACUGUACUUUAGUAUGUGUAAAUGAUGGUGUGGAUUUCAUUAACAAUACAAUGCGAUUCUGUUCACAUUGUACAUGAAAAACAAUUAAUAAAUGAUUUAUGUAUUGCCAACUUGCAUUUCAUUAUUUACGCUAGCGUUUUGCUUAUGCUCCGUUUAAAAGUUAAUACAGCUACUGUGAUUCACAUGACUUUCGUAUGGGGCUAUAAAUCGCUUUUUUGGUAUUUUGAAUAUCAUGUCCAAUGAAAGCAUUGUUCAUACGUGAGAAUGAGUGUAGCUAUUGACGUAAAACUGCGAUAAUUUAGUCACGUGGAGUACGAUAUUUGUAUAAAUCCUAAAAAUACUGUACUGUACGAAUUGGUCAUUAGGGUUCUGUUGUGCGAAGCCUGGUUAGCAUAAUGGAGGAAAACCUAAAUUCAAAUACAAAAUAUUAAAAGAAUACAGAAAGAUAUUUACACUGGUUUUUGCACUUGGAAGCAUUUAAUGAGAUCC